CGGCGCCGGCCGCGGGGGAGGGAGGCAGAGGUGCGGCUCGGGCCCGAGGGGCUGCGGCCGGGACUUUCCGGCUCGGCGCUCUGGGUCGCGGGCUUCACCGCCACGGCGCCGCAUGGGAACCGCCCGCCACUCGUCACGGCCCGGCUGCGGGAUGGGGACGGAGGUGUCGGCUAGCAGCGGGGCCGCCGAGCCGGUAGAGGGCGGCAUCGGUAUCACCGCGCCUCGCCCGGCCCUUCCGGCAGCGCGGCGCUGAGUCAGGUCGGUAGCGGCGGCAUGCGGGCCUGGGCGGCCGCGCUGUGCUGCGCCCUGUGCUGCGCCCUGGCGCGGGGCUCCGAGGACAUCGUGGUGGGCUGCGGCGGCUUCGUCAAGUCCGACGUGGAGAUCAACUACUCCCUCAUCGAGAUUAAGUUGUACACAAAGCAUGGUACUCUCAAAUACCAGACAGAUUGUGCUCCAAACAAUGGGUAUUUUAUGAUUCCCCUCUAUGAUAAGGGGGAUUUCAUUCUUAAAAUUGAGCCUCCUCUGGGAUGGAGUUUUGAACCGACCAGUGUAGACAUCCAUGUAGAUGGCAUUAAUGACAUUUGCACGAAGGGAGGCGAUAUUAACUUUGUAUUCACAGGGUUUUCUGUGAACGGAAAGGUUCUCAGCAAAGGUCAGUCAUUAGGUCCUGCUGGAGUCCAGGUUGUACUGAGAAACGCUGGCAGUGAUGUAAACUUACAAGCAACUAUUACCCAACCUGGAGGAAAGUUUGCUUUCUUCAAAGUGCUUCCUGGCGAAUAUGAAAUCUUUGCAUCUCAUCCCACCUGGAUGUUGAAAGAGUCAAACACAGUGGUACGGGUGACCAGUUCUAAUGCUUAUGCUGCUAGCCCUCUGAUUGUUGCUGGCUACAACGUGUCUGGGUCAGUAAGGAGUGAUGGAGAACCAAUGAAAGGGGUCAUGUUCCUGCUUUUCUCCUCCUCAGUGACCAAAGAGGAUGUUGUGGGCUGCAAUAUUUCUCCUGUGGAUGGAUUCCAAUCACGAGAUGAGUCUCUCUCCUAUUUGUGUAACGUUGUAUCAAAAGAAGAUGGAUCUUUCAGCUUUCUUUCCCUUCCAAGUGGAAAAUACACUGUGAUACCAUUCUACAGAGGAGAAAGAAUUACCUUUGAUGUUGCGCCAUCUAGAUUGGACUUCUUUGUAGAACAUGACAGCUUACAAAUUGAGCCUGUUUUCCAUGUGAUGGGUUUCUCUGUCACAGGCAGAGUGUUGAAUGGUCCUGAAGGAGAAGGAGUUGCUGAUGCCACUGUGACACUAAACAAUCAGAUUAAAGUAAAAACAAAAGCUGAUGGAUCUUUCCGUCUUGAGAACAUAACAACAGGAACAUACACAAUUCAUGCCAGAAAGGAGCACCUCUUCUUUGAUACAAUCACAGUGAAGAUUGCACCAAAUACGCCUCAGCUAGCAGACAUCAUUGCAACAGGGUUCAGUGUGUGUGGCCAGAUCUCAGUAACUCGUUUACCUGAUGCAGUCAAGCAGAUCAGUAGAUAUAAGGUAACCAUGGUGCCUCAAGACAAGGACAGAGCAUCAACAGUUACAACAGAAACAGACCCUCAUGGAGCAUUUUGUUUUAAAGCAAAGUCUGGUGCAUACAGUGUUAAGGUAAUUAUUCCGGAGGCUGAGACCAGAGCAGGAUUGGCUUUGAAACCCAAAGUGUUCCCUGUUACUGUUACAGACAGACCGGUCAUGGAUGUGAGCUUCUCUCAGUUUUUGGCAUCAGUUUCGGGGAAGAUCUCUUGUUUAGAUGCUUGUGGUGAUUUGGUGGUGGUGUUACAGUCUCUGAGCCGCCAGGGUGAGAAACGUAACCUCCAGCUCUCUGCAAGUACUGACUCAGUAGCCUUCACGUUUGAAAAUGUGCUACCUGGCAAGUACAAAGUAAGCAUUAUACAUGAAGACUGGUGCUGGAAGAAUAAAUCACUGGAGGUGGAAAUCAUGGAAGAAGAUGUUUCAGGAGUAGAAUUCAGGCAGACUGGAUAUAUGCUGAGGUGUUCCCUUUCUCAUGCAAUUACACUGGAAUUUUACCAGGAUGGAAAUGGACCAGAGAACGUUGGUGUUUAUAACUUGUCUAAAGGAGUUAAUAGAUUCUGUCUUUCAAAGCCAGGUGUGUACGAAGUAACCCCACGUUCCUGCCACCAGUUUGAACACGAGUAUUACACUUAUGACACGUCCUCCCCUAGUAUACUGACGCUCACUGCUGUUCGACACCAUGUCCUUGGCACGAUUGUAACAGAUAAACUGAUGGAUGUGACUAUUACCAUUAAGUCAUCUAUUGACAGUGAACCUGCCUUAGUUUUAGGGCCAUUGAAAUCUGUGCAGGAGUUGCGCAGGGAGCAGCAGCUGGCAGAAAUUGAGACCCGCCGACAGGAGAGAGAAAAGAAGGGCCAAGAAGAGGAGGGAACAAAGCCACCAGUGCAGGAGAUGGUGGAGGAACUUCAAGGACCAUUUUUAUAUGAAUUUUCAUACUGGGCAAGGUCUGGAGAGAAAAUCACCGUGACACCGUCUUCAAAAGAGCUUCUUUUCUACCCACCUUAUGUGGAAACAGUUGUUAGUGGAGAGAGCUGUCCUGGAAAGCUGAUAGAGAUUCAUGGGAAAGCAGGCUUAUUUAUGGAAGGGCGGAUUCAUCCUGAAUUGGAAGGUGUUGAGAUUGUCAUUGGUGAAAAGGGAGCGCCUUCUCCUCUCAUCACGGUUUUCACUGAUGACAAAGGUGCUUACAGUGUUGGGCCUCUCCACAGUGACUUGGAAUAUACAGUUACUGCCCAGAAAGAAGGAUUUGUUUUGACUGCAGUAGAAGGAACAGUUGGUGACUUCAAAGCUUUUGCUCUUGCUGGUGUGACAUUUGAGAUUAAAUCUGAGGAUGACCAGGCUCUUGCUGGAGUACUCCUGUCUCUCAGUGGAGGGGUGUUCCGAUCCAACCUCCUUACGCAGGAUAAUGGCAUGCUGACCUUUUCCAAUCUGAGUCCAGGGCAGUAUUAUUUUAAACCCAUGAUGAAGGAAUUUCGCUUUGAACCAUCAUCGCAAAUGACUGAAGUGCAGGAAGGACAAAAUCUUAAAAUUCGGAUAACUGGUUACAGAACAGCUUACAGCUGUUACGGCACGGUUUCUUCAUUAAAUGGAGAGCCUGAGCAAGGAGUCUCGGUAGAAGCUGUGGGGCAGGAAGGGUGUAGCAUCUAUGGAGAAGAUACAGUAACUGAUGAAGAGGGCAAGUUCCGACUGCGUGGCCUCCUGCCAGGCUGUGUGUAUCACGUACAACUCAAAGCUGAAGGCAAUGAUCAUAUUGAAAGAGCUUUACCACAGCACCGGGCAAUUGAGGUUGGGAACAGCGACAUCGAUGAUGUUAAUAUUAUUGCGUUCCGGCAAAUCAAUCAGUUUGAUUUAAGUGGAAAUGUGAUUACGUCUUCUGAGUAUUUGUCCACGUUAUGUGUGAAGCUUUAUAAAAGUGAAAAUCUUGACAACCCAAUUCAUACAGUCAACUUAGGCCAAUCCCUUUUCUUCCACUUCCCUCCACUGCUCCGAGAUGGAGAGAAUUACGUGGUGCUCCUGGAUUCUACGUUGUCUAAGUCACAGUAUGACUACAUCCUGCCUCAAGUUUCCUUCACUUCCAUUGGAUAUCAUAAGCAUAUUACAUUGGUCUUCAGUCCCACUAGAAAACUACCUGAGCAAGAUAUUGCCCAAGGAUCUUACAUUGCAUUGCCACUGACGCUGCUUCUGUUGUUGGCUGGCUACAACCAUGAUAAGCUUAUUCCUUUAUUGCUGCAGCUGACGACUCGACUGCAAGGGGUCCGCGCUCUUGGACAGGCAGGUUCUGACACAGGUGGCCCAGAGGAUGCAAAGAGACAGACAAAAAAACAGAAGACAAGACGGACGUGAGGUGAAAGGGGUGAUUGCAUAAAGUGACACUCCAUCAAACUGAAUUCUAGGGAAGCAAAACUAAAAUGCAUUUUUGAUAAUCAUGUGUGAUCUUCACAUUUUUGUCGUUGCUAUCUGAGCGUGAUUUGUCACACUAGCUCCAUUUUGGUUGUAAAUUCUUCAUGAAGUUUACAGGUUUACUUAUUAUAAAGUUAAUGAAACGAAGCAUCUGUUGUUACAGCGAGUACAUCUCCCAUACUUGAAGACAGUUCAUGAAUUCUUUUUCUCUUCGGUGGAAUGGGUCGUGUUGUUUCAUUAAUGAUUUGUAAAAGCAGUGGUAAUAAACUGCCGAUUUCACUUGUCUCCA